CAGAACUUGUUCAACAUCAUUCCAACACUUAUCGGAACGCCCUGAAGCUCACUAUACAUAAGGAAUAUACUGCACAGGAUUACUGCUGACGAAACAAACGGAUUAUCAAAAAAAAUCAAAUAUAGGCUAAGCAUUUUCAGGUAUUGGAAUUCUGCAUUGGAUAUCACUCCCACACAAUUCCAUGCACAAAGCUUCAGCUGUCAAACGAUUUGAAGAAAAAGUUUACACUGCGCAAGAGACCUGACUGUCACUCCAUCCAAUUUAACAAUACAGGAAGUGAAACUUGGCUUUGUGAGGAAGAUCCCGCUGUACUUCCAUCUUAAGUAGCACCUGUGUGAUAGACAACCAUGGUUGGACUGAAGCGCACUGACCUGGCUCCAACAGCCACGGUGAAGUUCUUUGGCGCCGGAACGGCAGCCUGCAUUGCUGACCUUGUAACAUUUCCUCUGGACACGGCUAAAGUCCGACUUCAGAUCCAGGGAGAGGCACUAGCGGCGGAGGGAGUUGUGACAGUGAAGUACCGAGGCGUGUAUGGCACCAUCACCACCAUGGUGCGCACGGAGGGGGCCCGGAGCCUGUACAACGGCUUGGUGGCUGGCCUCCAGAGACAGAUGAGCUUCGCCUCGGUCCGCAUCGGCCUCUACGACUCCAUGAAGCAGUUUUACACAAGGGGUUCGGAAAAUGCCAGUAUUGUUGCCCGUUUGAUGGCUGGCUGUACAACUGGUGCCAUGGCCGUUGCGUUCGCCCAGCCCACGGACGUGGUGAAGGUCCGAUUUCAGGCACAGGCACGCUUGACCGACGGUGGCAAGAGAUACAACGGCACCAUGGACGCCUACAGAACCAUCGCCCGUGAAGAGGGAGUGAGAGGACUUUGGAAAGGCUGUCUGCCCAACAUCACUCGCAAUGCCAUUGUGAACUGUGCUGAGCUGGUCACAUAUGACAUCAUCAAAGAGCUCAUUCUCAAGCACGACCUCAUGACAGAUAACCUUCCUUGCCACUUCACGGCUGCCUUUGGUGCUGGUUUCUGCACCACAAUCGUAGCGUCACCUGUGGAUGUGGUUAAGACACGGUUCAUGAACUCUACACCUGGCCAGUACAGCAGCGCCAUUAAUUGUGCCUAUACAAUGCUAACCAAAGAGGGACCCACAGCAUUCUACAAAGGGUUCAUGCCCUCUUUCUUACGACUGGGAUCCUGGAAUAUUGUGAUGUUUGUGUCCUAUGAGCAAAUCAAACGAGGCAUGAUGAGAGCUCAGCAAUCUUGGGAGUCACCGAUUUGACGUUCUGAGUCGCCAAUUUGAUGUUCUGUUUUGAAGGCAAUGCGCGAUGCAUUUGGCAAAAUUCACUAUGAUUGAGCUGGAUCGUCAUGACGACGUCCAUGUAGAGGAAAGAAGGUAGAAAUGAUGAUGGUAGCCUACAUGUCUGCCUGAGAGGACUGCAAAGGGGCAUUUUCCAAAAGGCACUAAAGAUAUCAUAACAAUAUCAAAACCACAGACUCAGCUUUUACGGCAGAGCACAUGCCCUGAUACCUGACGACGGUGAAGCUCUGAUAUAUGUGGCCAAACCUGUGGUGGUUCCUUGUCAAUUUAGCAUGUGAAAGAUGACAAGUGUCAGUAAAGGUUACGAACUUACGGUCAGGGAAGUGUGGGAAAAUGGAAGUACAAGGGGAUUGUGUUUACACAAACAAGUUGCUGUGUUACAACAGCAUAUCUCUGUAAUGUAAUAUUGAAAUCAACUGCACAAUGUAGCUUAAGUUGGGUCCAUUAUUUAGAGUUUACAGCUUCUAUAUAUUUGUUUAAAAAUGUACAGCAUAUUUGCACAACUCUGUAGCAAGCAAGUUCCUGCUAAGCUUUUGUUUACUAUUUGUUUGUUUUUUAAUCAUUCAUGUAUGGAAGGUUGAAUAAAGAUAUGGUUUAUAAUACAA